AUGGGACGUGCCAUGUCAAGGGACGAGAAGCAAAAGUUGAGGACCCAAGUGGUGGAGAUGUUUGACCACGCAUAUCAGAAUUACAUGGACCACGCUUACCCGGCUGAUGAACUAAUGCCGCUAACGUGCAGAGGAAGAGUACGUGGACUGGAACCCAGUCGGGGCGAUGUGGACGAUGCGCUUGGAAAGUUCUCGUUGACCCUCAUAGACACUCUGGACACCCUAGUGGUGUUGAACAAAACAGUAGAGUUCGAGGCCGCUGUCAGAAAAGUCCUGUCCGACGUCAGGUUGGACAAUGACAUCGUGGUGUCAGUAUUCGAAACCAACAUUCGAGUCUUGGGGGGCUUACUGGGUGGCCAUUCCAUGGCUGUGAUGCUGAAAGAAGAAGGACAAUACAUGCGGUGGUACCAGGACGAGUUGCUACACAUGGCGAAAGAUUUAGGCCUGCGGUUACUGCCGGCUUUUAAUACCAGCAGUGGGCUGCCUUACCCCAGGGUGAACUUAAAGUACGGCGUCAGGGGUCCUGAGACGCGGACAGGCACGGAAACAGACACCUGUACGGCGUGCGCGGGAACAAUCAUCCUGGAGUUUGCUGCCCUAAGUCGCUUCACUGGAGAUCCUGUGUUCGAGGCCCAUGCCCGCAGAGCUCUGGACUUUCUCUGGGAGAAGAGGCAGCGGAACAGCAAUCUUGUGGGAACCACCAUCAACAUUCACUCAGGAGAGUGGGUCCGAAGAGACAGCGGCGUCGGUGCGGGAAUCGACUCGUACUAUGAAUACCUCCUCAAGGCCUACGUUCUUCUGGGAGAUGACCAAUUUCUGCAGCGCUUCAAUAUUCACUAUGCAUCCAUCAUGAAGUAUAUUAGCCAACCUCCACUGUUGUUGGACGUUCACAUCCACAAACCUCUGCUUCCCGCUCGGACUUGGAUGGACUCCCUGCUGGCUUUCUUCCCGGGUUUGCAGGUAUUGAAGGGAGACAUCCGCCCAGCCAUUGAGACCCAUGAAAUGUUGUAUCAAGUUACUAAGAAACACAACUUUUUACCAGAGGCCUUCACUACUGAUUUCAGGGUACACUGGGCCCAGCAUCCUCUGCGACCGGAGUUUGCAGAGAGCACCUAUUUCCUUUACAAGGCCACAGGUGACCCAUACUACCUCGAAGCGGGUCGCACCAUCAUGGACAACCUCAACCGCUUUGCCCGAGUUCCGUGCGGUUUUGCCGCCAUGAAGGACGUGCGCACCGGCAGCCAUGAGGAUCGAAUGGAUUCUUUUUUCCUGGCCGAGAUGUUCAAGUACCUAUUCCUGCUCUUCGCUGAUUCCGAGGACCUACCUUUCGACGUGGAGGACUACAUCUUCACCACCGAAGCGCAUUUGUUGCCUCUGUCACUCUCCACGGCGCCUCACGCUUCCUCCGUUCCCCAAAAUAAAACGGUGACAAUCCCACUAGUCCUAAUCUAAAGUUGUGUGGUCAAGAUAUAUCAGUCAGAGGAGGAGUUGGACGACUCCAACUUCGACUGGACCUGCCCCAACACGCGCCUUCUAUUUCCUGAUCCAGCCUUUCCACGUAAUCUGAGGGAACCGAUUCGGAGCGCCGUGGACAAGAGUUGCCCACGUCCUGCGCCUUACAGGGAACCAGGCAUGGGAGCCCCUCCUUUGAGAGCCCAAGACUUCAUGGCGAACAACCGGGAACAUCUGGAGCUGCUGAGGAGGAUGGGCGUCAGCCUCAUCCACCUGAAGGACGGCAGAGUGCAGCUAGUGCAGCAUGCCACACAGGCGGUGAGCCCCAUCGCAGCGGAGGACGGCGUACGCUUCAUGCAGGAGAUGAUGGAGCUUUCCAGCCAGCAGCAGAAGGAGCAGUUGCCUCCCCGAGCCGUCCAGAUAGUCUCACACCCCUUCUUUGGCCGUGUUGUGCUCACCGCUGGACCGGCACAGUUUGGCACCGAUUUGUCUAAGAGCUCCACGGGGGUCCGAGGCUUCGUCACGGUCGCCGAGCCUUACAGCGGCUGCAGCGAGAUCACCAACGGCGACUACGUCCGUGGCCACAUCGCUCUCCUCCAGAGGGGCCAGUGCAUGUUCGCCGAGAAGGCUCGGCACAUCCAGAAAGCCGGCGCCAUCGGCGGCAUCGUCGUCGACGACAACGAGGGGAGCAGCAGCGACACGGCGCCCCUUUUCCAGAUGGCCGGCGACGGCCGUAGCACGGACGACAUCACCCUGCCCCUUCUAUUCCUCUUCCACAAGGAAGGAAACAUCCUGCUGGAGGCGCUCAAGGAGCACCGGGAGGUGGAGGUUCUGCUCAGUGACAAAGCGCGAGACCGAGCAGCCAUAUUCAAAGGUAAACCUCUCCCUGGAAGUCUGUUUGAGGGCAGCGCCGACGUCCACCAGGCGGAGGAGGACUGCCAAACCGACCAAUCCAAGGCGGCGGAAUCCGAAUCGGAAUCGACGGCAUCCCAGGAAGCUGUAGACGCCGCUCCGGCCCAAAUUGAGCCCGACGUGCCAAAAGCGGACUCUGAAGACAAAAAAGCAGACGCCGCCGACCAAUCGGUGAACGAGCUGAUGGCCGAUUGGCGGGACGACUUAGAGGCUUUCCGGCAAAUGGAGAAAGACGAGCUCUGA